CCACUGACUCUUCGACCUCUAGCUUCACGUCGACAAAUAAACUACAAAGCAUGAUGAGUACGGGCGCAAUAAAGAGAUAACCUCUUGAUACGUCGGUGUAUCCGUUCAUAGCUUCCAUAGCGUAUUUUAAGUACUUGAUCAAAACGUCGAAAGCAUGAUCGGGAAUCGGCUUGCGCUCCUGUACAUACCAUUCGUAGUCGAGCACACUCUUGACAUCGCUUUAUCGCACAUAGGAGUAUCCAGUCGACGAACCAUCCAUACCAAUUAUCUUCGCCUUCUUGUUCUUGUCGAGGAUUUUGUUAAAGUUCGCGUCAGCGCUUCAGUCAAUUUUUCACUGUGAGUUAUUAACGAGGACAGAGAGCUAUUGGCGACGUUUGACCUAUCGGAAAC